CAAAACACCAGCGAACGAGAUCCCAGUAACGAGACCGAGAAUCGUCCGUUGGAAACCAGGUUGUUUUAAAAUGGCUGGUGACAAGCAAAGACGAGUACCAAUUACCAACCAAUUCGGUAAAACUUUGUUUACAUAUAGCACCCCAAGGUAAAUUAUCGAAAAGAUGUGAAAAUACAAGCUGUAAAUAAAUUUUGGUUAUUUUAAAAGUAUAUUUUCAAUGCCUUAAAUUUCUAUUUUAAAAAUGCAUUAAAUUACAGUUUAUUUUUUAUUGUGUCAAUUGUGUCACACUCAAUCACACUGAGUCCGAGUCACUUAUUAUAAAGUUUAAAACCUGUUUAGUUUUAGCCCCUUUCUUUUAAACGUAUUGCAUUUUGUAAAAAAAAAAAAUUGAAUUUUUAACAACUGUCCAGAGUUUUCGCCGACUGACUCAACUGUCAAACAUAAUUUGUGAAUUUGCGAUUUGUGGACUCAUGAAAAUAGUUACACAAAAGUCGCAAGGUUAGAUCUACCUCUCAUUGCUCAUUGGAUAUAAAGUAUUAUAAUUAUAAUUAGUUAUACCCAAUGAGCAUCAUUACUAGAUAUAGGGCAUAUUGUUGACUUGGUAAUUUUUUUGAAAAAUGGUUCAAGAUAUGUGUAUGUUGUAUUACUUGUAUUGGUUGAUAAAGCAGAUGGAGUAAUGGCAUUAAUAGAAGCAAGCUUUAUAGAAAUGUUGGCACGCCUCCAAAGUUGGCCCCAAAUUCCAAACACUAGUAGUAGUAAAAUGCAUCAAAUGAGCAGUUUCUUUGGCAGUUCAAUGAUGUAUUACCAAGUACAUGGUCAAGUGUGAUUAUUGUCACUCUACAACUUCAAUUACUGUCCAAAACGUUUUCUUUGUGAUUAAAGCUCAGAAAAGCACACAGGUAGCUUGAAGAACAGGCCAAGUCAUGUUCCACCUUGCUGAACUUGAAACCAAAUGUGACGCUCAGUUUGGAAAAAGUUCUUGUAGUUGACACUGGUGUCCCAACUUUGUAGUUGACAAUGGUGUCCCAAAUUUCAAUGCUUUUAAAAAGCAUGUUAUGCUUGCAUUUCACUUCAUAAACCCAAAAUAAUUCAUUAUGACAAUUUUUUGUGUGCUAAGCCUACAGUUUGCAUAUACUUCAUGUCAUAUAGCCGGAUGGCAUAUCCAUGAAAAUCCAUCAGGUGACUCAGCACUUUGGACUAAAGACAUGAGAUGCAGACAUUUAUGAGAUGGUGUUCAGCAAACUAUACUAACCAAAGCAUGCUGUCAUACAGUGCUUUUGGCGUUGUGUCGUAAGAUUGCAGAAUGUUUCCUGGAAAAACAUUAUGUCCAAUUUGAGCCAGGCUUGUGGUCUACCGACAAUGCUAUUGUUUAAAUUAUAUUAUUAUGAGAAAAUACUCUGCAAGACAAAUACAUUCAAUCAGAAAAUUACACUAUUAGACAUUUGGGACCUGCGUUCAGAGAAGUGUGAAAAUGUUUAUCUUUGAAAAAGCAACUUCUUAUUAAAAAUGUCAUUCUUUCUGAACUAUCAGUAAAUCUAAAUGAAACCUUGACCAUAAUAACCACCUUUAGAACUACUGGACACUUUUAACAUUCUUCUGCUCCAAAUAUGUUGUCACUCAUUGAACAAAUUACUUAAUAAUCAAUCAAAAUAUCAGUGUACAGUUAACUACACACAGGUUCUUGGUAUCUCUUGGAUCUUUGCUAUCCCUAGUCUAAGAACCUCUAAUCUAUGCAAAUACUUUGAAAUUUUAUGAAACUAUAACUUUAUAUAGAAAUGUAUAAUUGUUUGACAGGGUUGUGCCAAAGUGGGGUAGGGGGAAGGUGACGGGGCACUUGACCUGGGUACCAACAGGUUGGGGGGGGGGGGGGGCGUUAAAAUUGUUUUAAGAUAGUGAAUGAAAGAAUAUAAUCACAUGUAAUAAUUGUUUGACAGGGUUGUGCCAAAGUGGGGUAGGGGGAAGGUGACGGGGCACUUGACCUGGGUACCAACAGGUUGGGGGGGGGGGUGGCGUUAAAAUUGUCUUAAGAUAGUGAAUGAAAGAAUAUAAUCACAUGUACUUCACAAAGAAAAGGGGCGCCAGGCAUCUCCAUUUCUACAUAUUGAGGGUUUAUAUUUUCAGGUUUUGCCGCUGUUGCCACUUUUUUCUUUGGCGCUGCCCUUUGUGUUAAUGUUGCAAUAAUUGAAACUUAUUUUUAUCAAACAUCUAACUAGCACAUCAAUAUAUUUUGUUUGUGAUGUUAUGAAUGGCUUGGGCCAGUCAGUUGGUUUUAAUUGUGAAGUUGUACCUUGUUAUCCUGACUGAAUGUAGAAUAAUUAUUUUGUUUUAAUAUUAUUAAUAAUUUAAUUAAAAUUUUAUUAAAGGGAUAGUAGCAAGUUUAAGAGGUAAGCUUUUGCACCAGAAGGUAUAUGCUCUUUUAAAAUAUUUGUAUAUCUUUUUACACAUAUCUAGAUUUCUUAGACUCCAAUUACUCCUAAAUAUUCUCUUUUGCAUAAUCAUUCUUUAACAAAAUUAAGGUAAAUAAAUGUUAGAACUGAUAAAAACUGAUAGUUGAGGAAUCUGUCAACAGAAGUUCAACUUUGACUAACUGUGUUCCACUCAAAUAUUUUGGAAGGUGUAGAUAAUUAUUAAUUACAUUUAGGGGUCCUUUUCUAAUGACAUGUCAAAUUUUCAGAAAAAAAAGAAAAUUUUAAACAAAUCAAACAUUAUAUUUAUAUUACAUGUUGUCGAUCACUGUCUACAAUUACAAUAUCUUUAAAUAUACUAUACACUUUCCAAAAAAAAAAAGGAGGGGGGGGGGCAAAAUAUAGCAUCUGGCAUUCCAAUUUAUUAGAGAUAAGUAGACUGACUAAAAAAAUAUCAAUUUUAAGAUUAAUUUAUAAAUUUGCUUUACCAGUAAUAGAUAUAUUAUAACUUAUUUUGAUUUUUAUGGAGCUACACUAUGGCUAAGAAGCGAUAUCUUAGCCAGAGUUUGAUCAAAUCCUUUACUCUAAAAAAAAUGUUUACUUGAAAAAAAAUACAUGUAAAUAGUGGAACAAGAUAUGUUUAGGCUUGAAAAGAAAAGACAGGACAAUUACAGGGACAUUUCAGCUAGAUGCCUUCUUCAGCAGACAAUGAAAAAAACAAGAAACACAGAUAAUUUAAAUUAAAAAUCAUAACUUAUGUAUGAAACAGAAGUUCCAAAAAUGCAUAAUUUAGUGUCAGUUAGUAUUAUAACUAACAUAACAACUUCAAGGGAAAAAAUUUUUCUGUGUUACCCUCUAUUUUUUAUGCUAUAGUCUAUAGUUGAACUCUUAGAAAUUCUUAGGACUAACAUUCAACUGCAAAGACUUGACAAUUCCUAUUAUAAAUUUGACAGAAAUAUGGACAGUUUUUUGUUUUUUUAAAAAUACAUUUGCUUAUUAUCAGUGAUCAGUCUAUGUCAUAAUGACACCCAAGAAUUGUUAAUUUUUGUAUAUGCAUUUGUUUAUGAGUGUAAUUAAUUUAUUUGAUCUAUUUCGUACACAUCUAGGUUUUCCUUUUUAAUUAUUACUAAGUUUAGUAAUUGUAGGCUAGGCUAUCUUAUGCAUUUUAAAUAGUUUUAAACAGUAUACUAUAUCUGCAAAUUUUAAUGACUAUAUCUGGCAUUUUACAUUUGCUGAGUCAUGUCAUGUUAAGUAAUUUAUGAUCAAUGUUAUUAGCUUCACCAAUAAAUUAUUACAGGGUAUAUCAAAUUACGUUAUGGCUUUAACUAUGAAUUAUUAAUAGUAAUACCGGUAAUAGUAUAUGAAAUAUUCAACAUUAAUGGAAAGUCUAUAUUUAUUUUGCUCUUGCUUGUUAACUGCUUUGACUAUUUCACAAAAUUACAAUAAUCUUCUACAUUUUAAUUCACUAUUCAAAUAUUAAAAAUUAAAAUGACUAGCAAUGUAACUUCUUUUCAUAUACCUAUAUAUUCAGAGUUCCAGAAUAUUCAAGAUCGCAUCCAAUCAUACCAAAGCUGUAUGUACAAGAAUGGAAAACUGAUAUGCCAAAUAGAAGCAUAAUAACAAAGGUUUAUUAAUUUUUAUUUGAUAUAAUAUGUAUAUUUAUAUAUAGGCAGAUAUCUUUAAGAUACAUUUUGAAAACUUCUUUUUGUCUUGUUUUCUGAUGAAGGUUGUAAGCCAAAACAUCAAAAUCUUUUGUCCUGUCCAUGAAUUCAAGUCUAGCAUACCUUGUUCUUAUAUUUCUUUUACACAACUUGAAUGCAGUCCAUUAACUAUAUUCCCGAUAAAGGCUCUAAGCCGAAACGUCCAAAUCUUUUGUCCUGUCUAUUAAUUCAAGUUUAGCAUACCUUGUUCUUAAAUUUUAUUUGCAAGAUUUCAAAAACAUCAUGCAAGCUGCACAUAUAUAAAGAAACAAGUUAACAUUUAAUUUAACCAGUAGCUGAAAUCCUUUUUAAAAUAUCUCUAUUACUAUUAGGCAAAUGCACAUUCUUCAUGUUUCAGCAUCAUAAUUCAUUUGGGUAGCAACAGAAUAGGCAUAUUAAUAUUCAUACCUUCAUUUUAUUUUAAACAAGUAUAUAUAUAAUUUUAUUUUAUGAGUAUAUUACACAGACAAAAUGGCUAAUAAAAAAUGUUAUGUUUUUCCUUAAUAGUAAUAGGGUACCCAUAGAUGAUAAAAUGUUUACACUACACACAUAUUAAAGUUUAAAAUUGAAUAUGCUUUAUAAACUGAAAAACCUCUUGCUAAAAUUAACUUAAACUUUUAGUUUUUUAUAGAUGCAGCAGAAUAUAUCAUCAUUUAAAAUAUUUAUAUUUUUAAGAAUGCAUGCUUUGGAGCUGUCCCUAACUACGAGCAUGAUGAAAACCUCUUCUUAGAAAAAAGAGAACAAAUGCACUACAAUUCUGAGGAUUGGAUCAGAGUUCAAGGGAAGAUUAAAAUUCCACAAAGAGCUGAGCUUCUGCGACCUGAUUUUCAUCAUGAAACUUCUAAGUACCAGAGUGAACUAAUGUUCAGGCGUGAUGCUGAUGCUGUAUAAACCAUUUUAAGAAUUUGAAACUAACUUCAAUAUUAUUUUAGUUGUCUAAAUUGAUCCCUGAAGUUUUAAACAUCAAACGUCUGUAGAAACUGAAUAUUUUUUUUAGGACACACUGGUACAAAAACAGCACAACCAUCAGAAGUAUUGUAUUUUGAUUCUUAACACUAUUCACUAGUCCCUUACCUUACCAACACUUAGUAGACAAAGUCAAACAUCCUUUAUAAAUACUUUAUUAUAGAUAAAUAUAUGAUAUCAAAUAAACCAGUAUUUCCAAUGUGAGAUUGACAUCAAUUUUUAUUAUAAUUACUGAAAAGGGUAUAAUGAUAAAAUGCAGUGUGAUUAAUUAUGAUUGCACCUUAAUUAUAAUUACUGUUUUUAUUACCAUUAAAUUACAUGUUGAGCAAUCACCAAGUUUGUGAAACAACCAUUUCACAAAAUUAAGAUUGACUUUCACCUCUAGCAGUAUUAAGUUCAUGCACAAUUUUUACAUAUCUAUACUCAUGCACUCUUAAAUGCAAUUCUCAAAUAAAUAAAUAUCAACACUAUGGGCAUUGUUAGUGUCAUCUCAGUUUUUGAUAGUAAUUAAUACCCUAUUUUCUUUUUUAAAAUGAGUGUUUCUAAGUGAAUUUUAUUGCUUUAUUUAUAAUGUUAUGUCUGGUAUAGCACAUUGAGGGGACUCUAUAUUUGUAAUGUACUGUGGUAAAUGAAUUGCAAGAAAUAAGAUAUUGUGCCAAGUAAAUAUCCUAAAAUGUCUGAUCUGAGAUAAUAUGAAUAGCUUAGGGUAGUUGUUUGGAGCAAUUGUUUGGAGCAAUUGUUUGGAGCAAAUAUGAGAUUAUUAAGCACUUUUAAAAAAAAAUAUUAAUAGUAUAUCAAUACUAAGCUUACUAUUAAUUUGACUUUUUAAAUAAGAAAAGGUGAAACUACAACAACAAUGAUGUUUUUAUAUUGAGAUUUAUUUAUAACAAUGGGAGCUCUGUAGUAAGGCUAAGAUCAACAAUAUGUAACUCCAAAAUGACACCAUUUCUAUCAUCUUUUGGUAUACAGCACAAGCAUUUUUCAAGCCAUCAUAACUUUCCAUCAAUCUUACUUUGGCAAUUGAUAUUAGAUCAUUUUGCAACUGAUGUUAAUGUUAGUGUCAAUCAGAAUUGAUGACGGGAUACUGAGGUCAUAUUUCUCACUUAAAAUAGCAAUAAGGCAAAAUGAUCUCAUCACAGGAUUUUAUUAGAAACAACCAUGCUAAGCAGAAUGCAAAUUAAGUUAAAGCAAAAAUUCCAGAAGUGGAAUAGUGCUUAAUGUUUCUAAAAACAGCAAAACAACAUGAAAAAAUACUCUCAGUCUCAGUUAGGACAUCCAUUUGCCCAGUGCCCUCGUAAACCUGAAACAACAUUGAAUGAAUGUACAUUAAAAUCCAUGAUUUUUUUUUGUUAGUGAUUUAGAUAAACUCCAAUAAAAAAAAUUAUAUUAUUAGAGCACUAAAAGGAUUUUAAAAUGAUUUUCUGAAAAGAUGCAUUUAGAACAAAUACAAAGCUCUUAAAGUAAGUAAUAACAUUUUAACCCAAAAAUAUUUUUCUUGUUUUCAAAACUGAAACUUUACUGACCACAGUUGUAACAACGACCAUAUCCACCAUAGUAAACUCUUGGGUCUCCUUCCAAAGAAUCACUAUCUGUCAUCUCCAUAUCUUCCAAAUCGAUGUCAUCAUCAUGAUGCACACCUCUUACAAAGUCAUAGGGAAAAUCACUGCUGUUAGAGGUCUCACUCUCACUGUCAUCGCUGAGCUCUAUGGGAUUUUCUACUGUUGCUGCUGCUGCUGGAAGUGAAAUGACAUACAUAGAUUUAUCACGUUAGUAGAAACAAAAUUAAAUUUUAUUUUCAGGAGAACCACCUUCAUUAAAAAGUCACUAGAUUGCACAAUAAACAGAUCCACACACCACUGUUAGAUGAUACUCCCUGACCUUUUUCAGUUUUUUGUCCCCUGUAUCAAAGUUGAUACUGGUAGUUUAAUAUUUUCCAUGUCUCUGUCACACCUUUAGGCCCCUUACAAAUCUGAAGCCCACGCUAUGGCUCUUUCUAUAUACACUUACAGUACUUUAUGGUACAGUGUAAUAACUAUACUAUUCCAUGUAUCUGAUUGAUGUCAAAAACCAGUAAGGGAAUUUUUUCAGCAAAAAGAG